UUUUUUUUACGUAUCCGGAUCACGUGACGUGUGUCGAUCCGUCCGCAUGGUCCGUUCGCAAAUAAUCGAAGCGUUUCUGGACAAAAUCUAAAAACUGUUUUACUUGCUGUAUUAGUUGGUCCACGCUUUCCUGGGAUGUCAAUAAUUUCGAAUGAAUGUCGGCGUAUCUCUGUCCAAAUUUUCAAAUUACGUCAUUCCUGAUGUACUGGGAUAAAAUUUGAAAAAGAUUUAUGAAUAAGAUAAUUGAUCGAUUAAAAAAGGACAAAUGUGAUAAUUAGAAAAAUUGAAAAUUAAUAUUAUAACAGUUGCACAACAAUACGUAACGUUGGAUAAUGCAAUACGAAUCUCGACAAAUUCUAUGGAAAUGAUCAGGAACGUCGUGGUGGGUGUAUCUGGUGGGGUCGACAGCGCUGUGACAGCUCUUCUACUAAAAAACAAAGGAUUUAAUGUCACUGGAGUAUUUAUGAAGAAUUGGGAUAUUAGAGAUGAAACAGGAAAGUGUGUAGUUGAGAAAGAUUGCAAUGAUGCUCAAUGGAUUUGCGACAAAUUGAAAAUUCCUUUAAUACAAGUUAAUUUUGUAAAGGAAUAUUGGAACGAUGUCUUUAGCAAUCUUGUAGAAAAGUAUCAGAUGGGACAGACUCCAAAUCCAGAUAUUCUGUGCAAUAAAAAUAUCAAAUUUAGUAAAUUUUUUGAUCUUGCACGUAAUAGAUUUCAAGCAGAUGCGAUUGCGACAGGCCAUUAUGCCAGAACGAGCUUUGGACCUUAUUUGGAAAACUAUAAAGCAGACACUAAUGUACAGUUAUUACAAGCACAUGACAGUAAUAAAGACCAAACGUUCUUUUUAAAUCAAAUACCGCAACAAGCUUUAAGACAUUGCAUGUUUCCUCUUGGAAAUUAUCUGAAAAAUGAUGUAAAGAUGAUGGCUAAAGAAGCAGGCUUGCACAAGAUAGUACAGAAAAAGGAGAGCAUGGGUAUCUGCUUUGUGGGUAAACGUGAGUUUCAAGAUUUUAUUUCAGAGUACAUAGAUGAUAAACCUGGUGAAUAUAUAGACCUAGAUAGUGGAUUGUCGAUAGGCAGACAUCAUGGCAUCCAUAAAUGGACGAUAGGACAAAGAUGCAGAAUCGGCGGUUGUAAGAAGGCCUAUUUUGUGUUUAGCAAGGAUCAGAAGACAAAUGCUAUUGUAGCGGUGGACAGUACAAUUCAUCCAGCAUUGUAUACCGACUUUAUGAUAACGCAGGACGUUCAUUGGAUUAAUGAGGAACCACAGGAAUUGAAAUACAAAGGCAUAUUGAAUUGUGACUUUCGCUUUCAACAUAGGAAUCCGUUAAUCGGUUGCAAUGUGUAUAAAAUAUCCCACAAUCGUUUAUUUAUCCGCCUUAGCGUACCUUUACGAGCGAUUACAAAAGGCCAGUAUGCCGUUUUAUAUUCUGGAGAGGAAUGUCUGGGUGGCUCAAUAAUAUCAUAUCAAGGACCAUCUUAUUUUGCGCUUAAUCGGCAAAACUCCGUAAAGGAAACUCGUUUUAAUAAUUUGAUAGCAUUAUCGAAUAUUUAUUUGCCAAACAAUAUAGCAGAAGAAGUAGGAGAAGGAGCAGUUUCACUCACCCAUAAAAAUAUUGAUACAACAUUAGCUGGGAAUGAACUUGUAUUUAUAAAUUUCUAUGCACAAUGGUGUCGCUUCAGCAACUUAUUAGCCCCAAUUUUUGAUAAAGCUGCGGAUAAGAUUAGAGCAGAAUUUCCACAACCAGGGAGAAUAGUAAUGGCUAAAGUGGAUUGUGACCAAGAAACAUCUAUUGCAUCUAGGUUUCACAUAAGCAAAUAUCCAACAUUAAAAGUAAUAAGAAAUGGACAACCAACCAAGAGAGAAUACAGAGGUCAGCGAUCAAUUGAAGCAUUCCAAGAAUUUGUUAGGAAACAACUGGAAGAUCCUAUUAGAGAAUUUUUUUAUUUAAAAGAACUUAAUGAACUUGAUGAUAAAAAGCGUAUGAUUAUUGGAUACUUUGACAGGAAAGAUGUACCAGAAUACGAAUUAUUCAGGAAAGUUGCUACUAAUUUGAAGGAUGAUUGUCAGUUUCAUGUUGGUUUUGGGAAUGCAAGUAAGAUACUGCAUCCUCUAGGAGAGCCUAUUAUUGUCUUCCGAUCUGAUAAAGCCCUGUCCAACGAUGAGGAUGAAACUUAUGAAGGAAGCUUAAGCAAUUAUGAUGAAUUAAAUGUAUGGGCACAGGAGAAAUGUGUCCCGCUUGUAAGAGAAAUAACAUUUGAAAACGCGGAAGAAUUAACGGAAGAAGGACUGCCAUUCCUUAUUCUGUUCCAUGCUCCCGAUGAUAUAGAAAGUGUCAAGCUGUACAAAGAUAUUGUAACUAGAACAUUGAUAAACGAAAAACAAAAUGUCAAUUUCUUAACUGCUGAUGGCCUGAAAUUUGCACAUCCAUUACAUCAUUUAGGAAAAAGCACAGAAGAUCUCCCAUUGAUUGCAAUAGAUAGCUUUAGACACAUGUACCUGUUCAAAAAUUUCAAUGACAUUUUCUUGGAAGGAAAACUUAAAGCUUUUCUCCAAGACUUGUAUUCUGGCAAACUUCAUCGUGAAUUCCAUUAUGGUCCUGACAUUACUAAUAAUGAUAUACCACAAAUUACUGGAAAACAGGUAAAAACACCCACAACACCGCCAGAAUCUGCAUUCAAGAAACUGGCACCAAGCAAAAAUAGGUAUACAAUAGUUAAGGAUGAAUUGUAAUGAGAUUGAAGUAUAGUGUGGUGCAGUGAGAUUUUCGUAAUUAAUUUAUAUACAGUUACUAAUUAGAAAAUGACGAUGAGACGAUUUUUCAACAUUCAAUAUAAAUAUGUUUUAUAAUAUAUUUGUAACAUGAGUCUUCUAAAAUUUCAACAAAUCCGUUCUUGCUUCUCUACGACUUGUAUCCCUUCCAUAUUUUUAUGGAAUAGAUUUCAUGUUUUGAUUUAUUUGUUACUUAGUAAAAUUUAUAUUUGCAUAUCAAAGAGAUAUGUUAUAGCACAUAUAAAAAAAAUCCUCAUACAUUGAUGCAAAAUCCAUUGUUGGCAAAAUGACAAGGAAUAAAAUAUUCUUUUUGUUGCCGAAAGUAGUUUUUUAAAUGAAAGUAAAAAAAAUGUACAUCUACCAGUGUCAAUAAUGUAUUAGAUUUUUGUAUGUAUAUUAUUAUUAUGAAGUAAUCAUGUAAUUUAAUGUCAUUAUUGUUGAUUUAUACAAUUUCGAUAUAAAUCUCAGAUGUUUUUGUAUA